UUGCAAUAAAAAUUCGCAAAGUGUAGCCAUUAAAUAGCUCAGUUUCUUCUUAGUGGCCGUCUGAGACGAACGUAAAAAAAAGCACAAUGUCUGUGAAGAACGCAUUUGAGACGAGCAAGAUUGUUCCCGAUGUCAUCCCAACCGCACCCACGGCUCUCAUUGGGUUGAACUACGUAAGUGGCGCGGUUGCCAACCUCGGCAAUGAAUUGGCUCCUACUGUAGUGAAGGAUCAGCCCACUGUGACCUUCGACGCAGAGCCUAACGCAUACUACACUCUCGUCUUUACCGACCCGGACAACUACGAUGGUCCUGAACCAGUAUACCGUGAGUGGCAUCACUGGUUGGUAGGAAACAUCCCCGGUAACAAUGUAUCCCAGGGCGAGGUGCUGUCCGGAUAUAUCGGUUCCGGACCCCCAGAGGGCACUGGUAUUCACAGAUACGUCUAUAUUUUGUACAAACAACCGGGAAAAAUCACCUUCGAUGAGACCAGAUUGACCAACAAGUCUAUCGAUGGGCGCGCCGCAUUUUCAACCAAGAAGUUCGCAGAGAAGUACAAUUUGGGCGCUCCCGUCGCUGGCAACUUCUACCGCGCGCAGUUUGACGAUUACGUGCCUUUGUUGUACAAGAGUUUGGGAGUUUAAUUGUACACAGUGCGACAAACUUGUGUGACCCGGUGAAGCGUACUAUAGAACACAUUUAUUUUUGUUAGGAAUUAUGUAAAAGGCGCUUAUUGACAAGAUCCCACAGACAAAGGAUUUCAUUAUUCCAUUCUGGAACUUCAGAAUUGUUUGACGGAUUUUGUGAUACUUUCUGACAUUGACAGUUAUUGAGCUAUCGUAAUUGACACUUGUCCACCGGGUCUGAUAAGUUUGUCGUUUUAUACUUAUAUAUCCAUCCAAAUAUUUUCCUUUGAACUUGUAAUUCUUGAAAUUUCUGAAUUUUUGAAUCAGAAGUGUAAAAACUUACGUAUUGGUAUUUGUACAGUGUAAAAUGUAAAAUCUCAUUU